UAAAGGGAGAAGUAAAAGGGGAAGGGUUUUAGGGGGUUUUAAGCAGGAUUUAUUAUUCUUCGCGUACAAGAGUAGAGGAGAACCCUGUAUCGCAGCCACCGUGUCUGAAACUUGUACCCCAUGUCCACGCCCCCGGAGCAAGUCCCGAAGGAGAAAUCCGAUGCAAAAGCAGAGGAUAUUCCUGCGGAUCAAGCAGGUUCGGAGUCUCCCGGAGCAGAAGCAGAAGCAGAGGAGGCGGAGGAGGAGGAGGAGACGGAGUGCGGGUUUUGCUUAUUCAUGAAAGGGGGCGGAUGCAGAGAUGCAUUCAUCGAUUGGGAGAAGUGCGUCGAUGAAGCCGAUACCAACAAAGAGGAUCUUCUCGAAAAGUGCGCUCAGGUCACCGCUGCGUUAAAGCAGUGUAUGGAUGCCCAUUCCGAUUACUACGAACCCAUCCUUAGGGCCGAGAAACUCGCCGAGCAACAAGCCAUCAUCGAAUUAGAGAAGGAGAAACAGAAUUCCCAACCAAACGACGAGCAACCCCCCCAACCAAACGACGAACAACCCCCUCAACCAAAUGACGAACAAACCCCUCCUCAAGAUCAUAAGUGAGACCCCAUUCCAGUGCCCUUUUAUUUUUCAUUAAACUAAAUCUUAUGUUAUACUUGUACCGUCUAGUAGCGUUAGCGCAAAUAGAUUACACCUAUUUAAUGUCAUUGUGACUUACAAGAGUGUGUGGGUCUGGGUCCUCUCAUUUUUUUGUCGCAAUAAUUGGAAUUACCAAUAUUUUCUUACUUGGUUGGAUUCGCAGCUCUAUGAUAUUUAUUAUUCUAGCUCUGCUUAUUUCAUAAUUUGGGUGUGUUCUGUUAUAUCUGUUGCUAUUUUAUUGUCUAG